UUUUACUGCAGCAGGAAGUGAAGCUCACGUGUGACUUUGAGCUGAGAGAUCGGUCAGAGAAGCCGGUGAGAUGGACGGAUUUAGUUCGGAUUUUUCCUCUGGGCCAUCGAGCUCCGGGAAGGUUGAUGCUGGAGCUAUUAUGGAGCAAGUAAAAGUGCAGAUUGCCGUAGCUAAUGCACAGGAGCUACUACAGAGAAUGACUGACAAGUGUUUCCGGAAGUGCAUUGGGAAACCAGGUGGCUCAUUGGAUAAUUCCGAGCAGAAAUGCAUUGCAAUGUGUAUGGACCGAUACAUGGAUGCCUGGAACACUGUAUCUCGAGCCUACAACUCUAGACUGCAGAGGGAACGUGCAAAGAUGUGACACGAUCAGGGUUUCAUACCUAGGAGGCUGCGUUUACCCAGUAUUGGAAUUAACCUGAAAGCUGCAACAGAUCUGCUGCAAAUUAAAGGAUAACUCGAUUGGCCAACCGGCUGAGCUCUAAUUGGAAUUAACAUACUCACAAGAAGAUGUCUCUGGCAUUCAGGCUAACAAAUGGUAUCUGGGGAACUUUUUUUUCAUGCCCCAUUCAUUUUUUUUGUACUUUUUGAUAGUCACAUGAUGCGUGGUUUGAAGUGGAAUUUUGCAUUGAUUACACUUGACCACUCCUGGUACCAACUUAUUUUAAGGACUUAUUUCUGUGAAGUUUCAAAAUCUGUUAAUUAUUAUUUUUUUAAUUUUAUUUUUGAGCUGUUCACCCUUUCUAUCAAGUGCUUGCUGGGUAAAACCCUCGAAUGGAGGAAAGACCGCCACAUUAUCGGCAAUAUGUUUUCGUUGAUGAGUUCUGUUUAUCCCAGCAUUAAAACCAAAUAAAGAGAAUGCUCAAGCAUUACAACAUAUUUUCAAACGUUGUACAAGUCUAAAACAUAAUUUGUAAAUAAUUUGAAUCAUAGUUGGAGAGAAAAUAUAUUAAAAAAAUUAUAUACAGUGAUACUUACUGUUACUGUACACCAUAGUUAGACGUAGCUCUAAUGCUUAAAUUUAUAUUGAUCAGGCAGCAGAAAUAUUAGGGAGUUAAGAUCUUUUAAACAUGUGAAGGUUAAUCAUAGUACUGGUAUUUGAAAAAACAGGCAUUAUAUGUAGUUUCUACACACAACUGGACUAUGCAUUUCCCCCCCCUUUAAUUUGUAACCAUUUUUUUUGGUGCUGAUGGAGACGAGGAGAAAUAAAAUAAUUUUGAUCCAUGUA